AUGGUAGUAUUGGAGGACAAGGUGGUUAGUUUAGCUAAUCGUUAUAUAGCAUUCGAUGAUGAACAUGCUUAUAAAACAUGUAUAAAUGCAAAAGCAGAUGAAAUAAAUGAUAUUGAUGAUGAAUGUAUUGUAACACAUAAUGGUGAUGAUGAAAUUUGUACAACAUACUUUCAAGGACAACCUGAUGAAGCUACAAUGAUUAAUUUUGAUUUGAAAUUAUUAGCUGAUGUUGGAUUAGCAAGAAAAAAAGUUUAA